AACAUGGAGAAGAAGGAAGAAAACAGAGAGAAAAAGACUCAAAAUAACGAAUCAGCUAAGGAAAGCAGCAGUACGGAAGAGCUUCUUCCAAUGGAGGACAGUCCCUACGUGAAAUAUAAGGAUUUGGAAGACUAUAAGCGUAAGGGUUAUGGCACUGAAGGCCAUCAAGAACCCAAGCCAGGUCGUGGAGCUGGCGCCACUGAUGCACCCACUCCCUCAGGUGCUGCUGUUUCUUCCGAGGCCGAGCUCUCAGCCACUGAAGCCGUAAAUCGCCAGGGAGUGCCUUAAAAGCAGUAUCUAUAGAUUUUCUUUAUACAAUUACUAAGAGAGAUAGUUUUCAUUCUCAACAGUGAUUACUUCAGUCGUGUUGGGCUUAAGUGCUUAACAUUAAUACUUUAAUGUGGUUUUGUGUGUCUCGUGUUCGCUACAUAUAUAUGAUUUAACAUUAUAACAUCAGUUAAAAGGUGACAGAGUUGGAAGAAGUGCAACAGAAUUAACGUGAUAAAGAAAAAUGAUUUAUGCAUGGAGUUUUAAGAAGUGCAAGAGAAUUUCAACCUUGCAUGUCCAGGUGAAAACCAAGCUUAUAUAGGAUGAUGGGACAAGUUUGAUAAGUUCUGUUUUCAGUGGAACCAAAAAGAAUGAAAUUCAUUGUUCAAUUCCACAAUUUUUAGCUCAGCAACUCAAAUUAGAAUCGGAUAUAGUUAAAUGA